AUGUGGGAGCCCAAGUCGUACACCAAGACCUUCAUGCUCGUGCCGGCCGACGUGGCCCAGAGCCUCAACGUGCGCUCGGGCGUAGAGCUCAAGGAGCUCGCGCGGUCGGUCAACUGCCUCAUGUACAUCGUCGAUUCGCUCGUCUACAGGGACUGCCGCAUCCUCUGCGUCUCGGGCACGCCGAGCGAGAUCAGCGCGGCCAUGCGCGUGCUCGUGGCGCGCGUACAAGAGAUUCUGCGCGCCAAGUACGUGCCGACCUUCGAGUCGGUCUCGUACAAGCACGACAAGGCCGUCGUGCACAUCAGGUCGGACUUUGCGGCGCACCUCUUGGAGCAUGCGUCCACGCGCCUCAUGCAAGUGGCCGACGCCACGCACACGCGCAUCCACAUCACGUUUGCCGACGAGAUGGUCAUAGCGUCACCGCUGCGGCGGCUGCACAUCUUGGGCGAUGCCGAGAACGUCAAGGACGCCUGCGACCGCCUCCACCAGGUGCAAUCCGACUUUGAAGCAAAGCCGUCGGACCCGAGUCGCCUCAUCUAUACGCUCCGCCUCGUCUUGCUCACCCGCGACGUGAUGGACAUUGACAAUGUGCGCAUGACUGUGAUGUACGAACAGCUUCAAGUCGAGACCAAGCUCAUAAGGCAGGUGGCCAUCCUCCCCAACAAGGCGCUCUUCAUUCUCACGGGAACGCUCGAAAACCUGUAUGAAGCCCACGCAGCGACAGUCAAGGCGAUCUAUGACGGCUACGAACGCGUGCGACAGCGCAAGCAGCAGCAGCGCGACCGAGACUACUCGCCCGACCGGUCGUCCUACGACAAGAAGCACGACUACAAGAGCGCCCGCCACUCAAGCGAAGAGCGCUGGACGACCAAAGCCAUCUUGCCGACACCACCGCGCGUCGAUGCCUCACCGCCGCGCAGCAGCAUGAGUCCGCGGGCCGUGCACGUGACGCCGGUCGUGCCACCGCCGGUCAUGCCCUUCCCGUACCAACCAGUCCCCGCGCCCAUGCCGUCAGCAUGGGAGGCGAGUGCGAAUGGGUGGAAGCUCCACGACGCCUACGAGCGCAGCCAGUGUUGCCGUCGCCCGCCCACUGGACCCCCGCCGACCGCCGCCGACAACAACGACGACACCAACAACCACGACGACGACAACCACAACGGCACCAACGACGACGGCAACAACAACGACGGCACCAACGACGACGGCAACAACAACGACGGCACCAACGACGACGGCAACAACGACGACGGCAACAACCACGACGACGACACCAACAACGGCAACAACCACGACGACAACAACGACACCAACACCAACGACGACACCAACGACGACGACGACAAGAUCGUGCAGCUGAGCCGGUCGACGACACCGGUGGCGGCGCAGCGCACGACGAUCGUCAACCUCGGUGGCAUCAACAAGUCAUGCGUGGACUUUUGCAACACGGAAGAUCGACUCAAGCGCCCACUGAGCGACCCGCCAAUGCCGCCGGCCAAGACCCAGCGCACACUGCUCUCAGACAUGGCGUCAGGAGCCGGACGCACCGUCUACUUGGCCGACGCGACUUCGAGUCGGUACAGCAGUAGCACGUCCCGUCGCCACGUGACAUUGGUGAGCGGCACGCCGGACAAGAGCAGCGACGACAGCCACCGGCAACGGGCGACCAACGACAGCAGCGCGUCCGCUAAAACACCGAGCGCAUCGUCUGUGUCCUCGACGACCGCUUCGGCGGCUACGACGGCUACGACGGCUACGACCGCUGCGGCCGCUACGGCGGCUUCGGACGGCGCUUCCUCAUCGGUCGUCGCCUCGGGUCGCGAACCGUCGCCACCACGGUCCGUUGCUUCUAGCCGCGCACCGUCGCCGGUGGCCGUCAAGGCGGCCCCGGCCCCACCGUCGUCGGUCGAGCCGCCACGAUCCCGCGCGUCGAUCCCAUUGAUGCAAACCCAGGUCGAGAUGCGCGUGGACAUGGACACGGCCGACAAGAUUUUGACGGGAGGCGGGUUGCGCCGACUAGCACAAGCGUCGAGCGCCGUCGUGAGCUUUCAGAUCGACCCGCUGGACGCCAACAUGACCAAGAUCCUCCUGGCCGGCGACCUCCUCGCAGUCAUACAAGUGCAGCAAGAAAUCAACGCGAUCCUCCACAGCUAG